AUGCUUUUGAAAUGUUUGUUUUGCAUAGUUCUAUACAUAACAGAAUGCUUUACGCUGAACGAAACAACUCCGAAUUCAGUAAAUGUAUCUGAGACAAGUACGGAGACUUCUGGUCCAAAUACAGAAGUAUGGGUUCCUAGUGUGAUCAAUGGUGCUCCAGCUAAGUUAGGGGAGGUUCCUUAUCAGGUGGCCUUAAAGAAACUACUGGAAGGCGAUAUCUAUAUGACUUUUUGUGGUGGAUCCAUAAUCAGCAAUAAGAAAGUGCUAACUGCUGCCCAUUGCUUUACGGAAAUCAUACAUAGUAACGAUUCACAGGCAGGUAAUUUCAACUAUUAUAUGUUUAUUGACGAAAACUUACUGAUAAACAAAUGUGCUGUUGCUGGCUCUCUACUAAAUAAAGACAAAUACACUGGUAGUGACGUCCAAGCGCAAUGGAGGACGCUGUCAAGCGUUAGAUAUCCCGAAGAAUUCAGUUUUCCCAAUUAUGAUAUAGCAGUUGUUUAUCUACGUACGCCAUUUAUUUAUACUGACUACGUAGCACGAAUUCCGAUUCCAUCAAAAGAUUUGGAAUAUCAUGGCACAUGUUUGAUCUCAGGUAUGGCAGAACAAGCCAUACUAAAAAGGAGGCAAUCAGUAAUAUUCUGUUAA